UGCUGAUAGUUUGAGCGACGUUUUUCAAAGUGCGGGUGGCGUGACCGCAGUAUGCUAUUGCUCGUAUCUUCAGUCAAGUUUAUUGCAUUGAGUAAAGAUGGCAGCCAACGCAGAGCGAAGUUCCCCUCGAUUCUCUGAAGAACAAGAUGAGCCUGACGCUGAGAUUGUAGACGGAGACAGUGGUGAAAUAUUUGAUAUCUUCGGCACUAGCAAGCCAUUGGAAACCCGGACAGAGCCUUUUGAAUCACCAAGUGAUGUCUUCAGUGUUGCUAAUGCUGGUAUUCCCAGUGAGCUGCCCGUUGAUAUAUCCAAUGAAUCAAGCCCUGAUAUAUCUACUGAACCACCGGCUGUUAUCCCCAGUGAACCACCUGCUGAUGCCUCAAGCAAACCACUGGCCAACAUCUUGAGUGAACCACCAGUUGACAUCUUCAGUGAACCAUUGGCUGAUAUCUCAAGCGAACCAUUGGCUGAUAUCUCAAGCCAACCACUGGCUGAUAUCUCAAGCCAACCACUGUCCGACAUCUUGAGUGAACCACCAGUUGACAUCUUCGGUGAACCAUUGGCUGACAUCUCAAGCCAACCACUGGCUGAUAUCUCAAGCCAACCACUGUCCGACAUCUUGAGUGAACCACCAGUUGACAUCUUCGGUGAACCACUGGCUGAUGCCUCUAGUGAAUCACUGGCUGAUGCCUCUAGUGAAUCACUGGCUGAUGCCUCUAGUGAAUCACUGGCUGAUACCUCUAGUGAAUCACUGGCUGAUAUCUCAAGUGAGCCUUUUGCUGACAUCUUCAGUGAACCAUUGGCUGAUACCUCAAGUGAGCCAGUGGCUGAUAUCUCAAGUGACUCGCCAGUUGAUAUCUCUAGUGCACCAUUGCUUGAUAUCUCAAAUGAACCACCAGCUGACAUCUCCAGCGAACCACUGGCUGCUAUCUCAAGUGAACCAGUGGCUGAUACCCCAAGUGAGCCAGUGGCUGAUAUCUUGGGUGAACCAGUGGCUGAUAUCUUGGGUGAAUCACCAGUUGACAUCUCCAGUCAACUAUUGGCUGAUACCCCAAGUGAACUAGUGGCUGAUGUCUUAAGUGAAUCGCCAGUUGAUAUCUCCAGUGCACCAUUGCUUGAUAUCUCUAGUGAAACACUAGAUGAUAUCUCUAAUAAACCAUUAGCUGAUAUCUCAACUGAACUGCCAGAGGAUAUUCAUAGUGAACCACCAGUCGAUGCCUCCAGUGAACAACAUGUUGAAAUCUGCUGUGCACCUCCAGCUAGUAGCCCAAGUGAACCACCAGUUGAUAUCUCUAGUGAGCCAAUUCCUGAUAUCUUUACUGAGCCACCAGGUGAUAUCUCCAAUAAACAACCAGAUGAAAAUUCUAAUGAAAUUCUGGCUGAUAUCACUAGUGAACCACCAGUUAAUAUAUCCAUUGAAUCAUUGGAUGAUGACCCACUAGUUGGUGUCUCUAGUGAGCCACCAGGUGAAAUCUCCAAUGAUCAAUUGGCUGAUGCAUUCAGUGAACUGGAAGUAGAUCUCUCCAGCAAGGUAUUGUCUGAUAUCGCAAGUGAAGCACCAACUGAUAUCACAUGUGAGCCAUUGGCUGAUGUCUCUGGUGAACCACUAGCUGAUAUCUCUAGUGCACCAUCUCCUGGUGUCUUUACUGACCCAUUGGCCGAUAUCUCUGGUGUAUCACCUCCUGGUGUCUUUACUGACCCAUUGGCUGACAUCUCUGGUGAACCUCUAGCUGAUAUCUCCAGUGCAUCACCUCCUGGUGUCCUUACUGACCCAUUGGCUGAUAUCUCUGGUGAACCUCUAGCUGAUAUCUCCAGUGCAUCACCUCCUUGUGUCUUUACUGACCCAUUGGCUGAUAUCACUGCGGAAAUUCCCAGCCAACCUCAGCCUCCUGCAGUGACAUCCAGUGACUCCAGUGAACCUUUGGCUGAUAUAUUCAGUGAAGAAGGCGUGGCCACCAACAGCAUUGUCUCCAAGGCCCUCAGCAUGCAGACAGAGGAGGAAGUACAGGAUAUAUUUACAGAGGCCACUGUUGAACUGUCCUUGGACAGCGCACACGAUGUCCAGAAGAUGGAGGUAUCCAACGUCCCCACGUUGUUCGACCCCAGCUCCGAUACGCCCGCGACAGCUGAUUCCCCACAAGAGGAGGAGGAGAGCACGGAUGCAUUUGAGGUCAACAUCACUGUCACCAACCCUGAGAAAGUGGGGGAUGGCAUGAAUGCUUACAUGGCCUACAAGGUCUCCACACAGACCACGCUGGCCGUGUUCUGCAGCCACGCCUUCACUGUCAGCCGUAGGUUCAGUGAUUUUCUGGCACUUUAUGAAAAACUGACAGAAAAACACUCACAGAACGGAUACCUUGUGCCCCCUCCACCAGAGAAGAGCAUUCUGGGGAUGACGAAGCUGAAGGUGGGAAAGGAGGACUCUUCAUCCGCCGAGUUUGUGGAAAGAAGGAGAGCCGCGUUGGAGAGGUACCUGCUGAGGGUGGUCUCGCACCCCUCUCUCAUACAGGACCCGGAUGUCCUGGAGUUCCUGGAGAAAGAGGAGUUUCCCCGGCCAGUGAGAAACACUCUGACUGGCGCUGGCAUCUGGAAGAUGAUUAGUCGCGCCACUGAAGCCAUCAGCAGGAUGACCAUGAAGAUGGAAGAGUCUGAUGCUUGGUUUGAGCAGAAGAUGCAGCACGUCGAGUCCGAAGACUUGAGGCUGAGAAAGCUCCACGCCAUAGUAGGCUCGAUGGUCACCCACAGAAAAGAGAUGUCGGGCAGCACAGCGCAGUUUGCUAAGAGCGUGGCGGUGUUGGGGAGCUCGGAGGACAACACAGCGCUGUCCUGUGUGCUGACCCAGCUGGCCGAGCUGGAGGCCCAGGUGGAGCAGCUGCAGCAGGACCAGGCCAUCAGCGAUUACUCCAUCCUCGCCGAGCUGCUCACCGACAACAUCCGCUUGCUGGGGGCGCUGCGGAACUGCUUUGACCAGCGGAUCCAGGUGUGGCAGCAUUGGCAGAAUGCUCAGAACACUCUGCAGAAACAGCGGGAGGUGGAGGCCAAGCUGCAGUGGGCCAACAAACCGGACAAACUGCAGCUGGCCAAGGAUGAGAUCGCUGAGUGGGAGUCCAAAGUCUCUCAGUAUGAAAGAGAGUUUGAGAAGAUUUCUGCGACUGUUCGAAAUGAAGUUCUGUGGUUUGAGAAAGAGAAAGCCAGAGACUUCAAGACCCAGAUCCUCAGAUACCUGGAGUCUCUUCUGCAUUCAGAGCAACAGGUGAUGAAACAUUGGGAGACCUUCCUGCCUGAAGCCAAAGCCAUCGCCUGAGAAGCUGACAGCGCUGGCAGAAGCCAGCUUUUCGGGUGUUACCUCCUUCAAACCAAGAAUCACCAUGAACUGUUCAGUGAAAGAGAAACAGUACAAUUAUUUUUUAAUCCCUCUUAUCCUGUAGCCUUUGCAUUUAACCGUUUUAUCAAAUAUUUGCUAUACUUGUAAUCCUCACUUAAAUCAUUUUCACUUAUUUUCUUAAUAAUGAAAAACUAUCUCAAAGUUGAAGAUGGUGACAGGUGCCUUUUAUUUUAUACGUGUCAAAAGAUUUUCAUUCUGGGGUGAAUGGUUGUGCUACUACAAAAUAAACACUGACUGACUGAG